AUGUCCCAAUGCGCAGCGCGGCAGGACUGGAACUGCAAUGGUGGCAUUUGCGCUGAGGAGCUCAUGGCAGGCGUCCAGCUGAUGCGCUUGGACAACCUUCCAUGCCAGGAGGAGCUCCAGAGGCUGGCCACCUUGCUGGUGAGUCAAGACACUGGGCACAUCACGUCCUACGAGCUGCAACAGGUGCUUGCAAUCAUUGCCAAGCAGAAGCACAAGCUGGAACUUGCGGCGAACUUCUUCCUCAAAGCCGAUCAGGACAUGUCAGAAGUGGAAAGGAAUGCCAGCGUCUUCUUCAAGGAUCUUGUCAAGGUCAUGGAGAAGAAUUCCUGGACGCCCCGGAGGCUUUUCCAAGAAUUGAGCAAUGGAGGAAGUCAAGGUGCCACCAUCACCAAGGACAAGCUGGAGGAUAAGGCCAAAGUGCUGAUGCGUUUGCACUGUGGUCGCACUGCCGGCUUGGAAGUGGCCGAGCCCUUUGAGAUCUUGGAUUUGAAUGGGGACCGGCCUCCGGGAUGUGAUGGGGAUGGCGUCAUCGAGGAAGACGAAUUCUUGUGCAUCGUGGGGCAGGUCCUGAAGGCCUUGAAAGGCUUUGAGGACGCGCGGGGCCUCAAAGUCCCGGACGUCGGACCAGGCAGAACGACGAGGCAGCACCGGGAGGGCAAGCAGCGUCGGCAACUACAAGCUGCGGUCACGGCCGUGGCGAAGAGCUGGUCAGUGUCCACCGCCCGGGUGCGGCGGGCUCCGGGGAGGGGGUUCAGCUUGGCCUCCUUCAUCGAGUGCCUGCUCCUCAUAAGCUAUGAGGUCGUGGGGAUCCGGGGCACGCCCACACAAGCUCAGCAGCCCAGUAUCACCAAGGCCGUCUGGCUGAUCCUCUACUUGCGAUGGCAAUUUGAGACGAAGCUCAAGCAGGUCAGGUCGAGAUGGUCCGGCGAAAAGCCUCGAGACGGGGCAUGUGAGUGA